GUAAACCUGUGUUUUCAAGUUUGGAGUGCUUUCGUAAAUACACUUAAUUUCGUAGUGCCAGAAAUAUUAAUAGUGAUUCACAGUGAUUCAUAGUUAAAUGAAGAUUACUAUAACGUAUCAAUCCUUAUUAGAAAAGUCGUAUAACAAUUUUUUAUCUAUUUGACUAAUUUUUAAUAUUUAGAUUUUAUAUCUAUAAUAAAGAUUUAUUCAGCUAGAACACUGUAAUAAAUUGAUUUUAAUUAUUAAUAUCGGUCCUAAAUUAGGUUUAAAAUGCUACGUUCAGACACUGUAACUCAACCUGUGGAUAACUUAUUUACAAAUAUAAAUAAUAUCAACAUUGACAUUUUAUCAGAAUUACAAAAAGAUGUGAAUCCUUAUGAUAUGGUUUCCUUGGUGUUCCUUUUAUAUGAUACUCCUGAUACAGCACUUCAGAGAUUGAUUUUAUACCAAAGAGUUACAAAAGAUGUUGAAGCCAAUAAUAUGAACUUGCUGUACGACUGGGCACUUUAUGCACAGUCUCGAUCUACCUGGAGAUACGAGUUUCUAGAAGCUCUCGCUAUUUGUAGGCUUUACAAGGUAAUCAGAAAACUGGGCUUUAAUGUCUCUAAUGUGAAAAAGCAUUACUUACCAGAUAAUAUUUAUGUUACGGUCUACAUAGAUCCUGUUAAAAAAGCUUUGUAUAAAAUAUGUGAAAAUAUGACAUUGGAACAUUUAUCAAAGUUUAAAAGAACAUUAAUUUCAUACAAAAUAGAUAUCUUAGAGCAUGACAUGUGUGAAAUUAUUUUCUUGGAACUUAUGAGUCAAAAAUUUAUAUUAUUAGGACAAUAUGACAAAGAAACAAAGAAGUACAAUGGUAACUAUGACAUUGAAGAACUUGCAGUAAUAUUUGAUAACUUAAGCCAUUUUGGUAAAUAUGCAACAAUUUUAAGAGAAAUAAAGAACCAGAUAAACAGCCAAAACAAUCUGGAUUCUUCAAAACAAAUGAGCUGUGUAGAUAAUAAACUUACUUCCAGAGUAAAUGACUCUCUAAUCCAGAGUAAAACAACUGUUAAUGAUUUUAAAGAAACAUUUGAGUACUUCAAUCAGUUACAAUUAGAGGAAGAACCUAAUUCAAUCUUUAAAUCAGAUAGAAGUAAAUUAGGAACAGAUGCUUAUCCUUUAAAGAACUUAAAACGAAUUGGUGUAUGUUGUAUUAUAAAUCAAGAGAAAUUUCAUCCAUCAAAAGACAGUAUCAAGCACAGAACAUCUGCAGUGUUGUCCGAUCGUGUAGGAUCCACAUAUGACCUUAUAGCUUUAGAAGAGACAAUGACCUUGUUAAAUUUUGAAGUAAUAAGUAAAUCUAAUUUGGAUCAAAUUGAAGUAUUUCAAUUUAUAAAAGAAGUAAUUAAGAAACACAUUUGUGAUGAAGAUAGUGUAUUUAUGCUUUGUAUACUCUCUCAUGGUGUAAGGGGACAUGUAUAUGCCGCAGAUUCGACCAAAAUAAAAAUUGAAGAUAUUCAAAAUUUAUUAGACUCUGAUGAAGCAGUUCAACUUCAUGGUAUACCUAAAGUCUUAAUCAUCCAAGCAUGUCAAAUUGAAUCAGAACCAGAAAUCUAUAGCAAACUAGUAGCUGACAGUCCUAGAUCAGGUUUCUACUUGAAAAAGUCACACUUCCUUAUAUUCUGGGCCACAGCUCCCUCGUAUGAAGCUUUUAGAAAUGAAGAUAAAGGUUCAUUGUUUAUUCAAUCCUUAUGUCUGCUUAUUAAGAAGAGGGUUGAGCAUGAACAAAUAUGUGAUAUCUUUACCAAAGUCACAGAUUAUGUUUCACAUCUAUGCACUUUUCUGAAGCAACAUCAAGUGCCUUUUAUUGAAACUACAUUAAGAAAAAAACUAUAUUUAGCUAUACCUCAUUAAUUUAAAAAAUUGUAUUUGUUUCCAUUAAAAGAAUCAUAUACAAAUAUACCUAUAUUAUGUUGCAUAGAGUAACUUAUAUGUAACAAUCUUAUUUGUCAUUAUGUUUAAUUUCAUAAAAUGUAAAAUACAAUAUUAAUAUAAGGGAGUAUUGUUGUGUACAUUUGUAGAUUUAACCUUUCUAUUGGAUUUGUUAUUGUAUAUAAUGUAUUAUAAAAUUUAAUUGAGAUAUUUAUGCCAUACAUGAAGUACUAUAGAGUAGUAAAAGAAGCAGGAAUUAUUUAUUGAAUUUAAAGCCUACCAUGAGUAUUGGAGAUUUGUAUACACACAAUAUAGUCAUCACAAGGAAGUGCAUGUAAUAUUUGAUGUAAAUGUCACUGUCUAUGUUGGGGCUGAUGUCAUUCAGGACGAUGGUUGAAAGAAUUUAGUGGCUAGGCAUUUCAUUAAAUUGAUAAUUAAGCUUAAAACUAAAAUCAUGGAACUAUAUUCAAUAAUUUUCUCAAAACAUAUUUCCAUAUAACAUAUAUUCUGACAAUCUUGUUCCAAUUUAGAAAUUUGGUGGGUCCUCAGUUUUAGAAAAAUUCAACCAUUUUAAUCAUUUAUUUAGUUACUAAGUAAUAAAAUAAAACUUGUCACAGAGUAAACAGUGAAAUUGUUUUUAUAUUUUUUUACCCAUGUUGGUAUAUACUUAGGAAUUGAAUAUUCAGUGCAUAAU